CCUUUUUCCUAUUCAGAUAACUGCCCGCCCCCUGUCCCCCCCUUACAGUAUUUACUGCAGGGGCAGGACUACAAGUCCCAGAAUGACUCUGUGUUUGCAGUAGGAGGGACAACGUUUGUUGUUGCUCUACACUACCCAGCAUGCUUCACUCCAAGCAAACCAGGAAACGAAACCUGCUGUGACUGGGAGGGGUUUCCCCAAUAUCACAUGUCCACCAUCAACCAAUUAGCUUUCAGUUUCUUCUGUCGCAACUACUGUAAGUCCUACGAGUUCUUCUCAUUCUGUGAGUGAGAGGUUGUUCCGUCAGUAAAUCCCGCCGGCCCAUUCCCAGUUCCUGGCUCUCAUUGGCCAGCAUGGCCCAGUCGCUGGAUAGCUUGGCAGAGGAGCUGACGUGCUCCAUCUGUUUGGGGCUGUUCAAUACCCCAGUGACCAUUCCCUGUGGGCACAAUUUCUGCGGCGAGUGCCUGGAGCUUGCCUGGGAAGCCUGUAAGCUGGGCGAGUACAGAUGCCCCCAGUGCAUGUGCCCGUUCCCCAGUAAGCCUGACCUGAGGAAGAACACCCUACUGAAUAACUUGGUGAUCCAGCUACAGAGCUUGCAGCUGAAGCCACAGGAGCCUGAGCCGGUGCUGCUGAAUGUGGUAAAGGAAGAUCCCUGUUACAGCGAUGGGGUGCUCUGUGACAGCUGCAUGGCGCUACCCGCUGCCAGGACCUGCCUGACCUGCAUGGCAUCCUUCUGCCAGGAGCAUCUGCGCCCCCACCUUGAGAGCCCAGCCUUUAUCCACCACUUGCUGAAGCAACCCCUCAGGGACCUGCAUGCCAGGAAGUGCCAGGAGCAUGAGAAACUGCUGGAUCAGUACUGCAGGGAGCACUUGUGCUGCAUCUGUUGCUACUGUCUGGCCAAUCACAAGCAGUGCCACACCUGCACCCUACAGCAGGGCAAAAUGGAGAGGAAGAGAGAUAUCAGCAACAUCUUGCAGUCAUUAAAUCAGAAAAUAGAAAAAGCCUCAAAUACAGCUGGUGAAUUAAGGAGAGAGCAGAAACAAGUGAUGGAUACUGUGAAUAAGAAGAAGGAUUUGUUGGAAGGGGAGUUUGAAGAAAUCAAAGCUUUAAUUGAACAAGAGAAAAUGAAAUCCAUGAGGAAAAUUGAGGAAGAGGAGAAGAAGGUGAACAGCAAAUUCGGUUAUACAUUGAGCGUCCUUGGGAAAAAGAAACAGGAGUUUGAGAAAAUGAAAUCCAGUGUUGAAUCUCUCUUACUGGAAGAAGAUGAUCUGCAGUUUUUGAAGCGGGCAUCUAAGCUGCAUGACACAACUUCCAAGGAGCCCUAUAAGCCAAAGAUGGAGUUGGAUGAGAAACUACUGCACCAAAUAUUCCGGAACACUGUGUCACUAAAAGACUCCAUCAAAGCCAAACUGCAGCAACCAGAUGAUACAGUAGAGAAAAUGUCGACAGGAGGCAGACACCCUAAACAGGACGAUACCCAAGAAUGGAAACCAUCAGCUGCCAGUACAGAGAGAAUUCCUGCAGGAGGCAGACACCCCAAACAAGCAGAAACACCAAAUAAGAACACAUUUGCGUCAACACCUACAUUUCCAGAGGUUGAGAGACACCCUAAAAAAGGAAAACCAAGAGCCACAGGUCCCCAUGUUCCUUCGGCCACCGCACCUGAUGAUAAAAACAAACCCCUAGCUAAAUCCAAAAGAGGCCCCUCUGUUCCCGACUCGAGGGAAGAUGUUUUGAAAUAUGUGGCACAAGUGACUGCCGAUCCCAGUACAGCUCACAAGAGAGUGUUGCUCUCCGAGAGAAACACCAAGGUGUCUGUGAGCGAGGGAGCGCAGAGUUACCCAGACAACCCCGAGAGGUUCACUCACUGCUCCCAGGUCCUGUGCUCGCAGGGGUUCAGCCAGGGCACCCAUUACUGGGAAGUGGACAUACAAGGGGGCAAUUUCAGUGGCUUUGGGAUCGCCUACAGGAGUAUUCCCCGGAAAGGGGCGGAGAGCCGCCUGGGGCGCAACCCCGUGUCCUGGUGCCUGGAAUAUUUCAAUGGGAAACUGCAAGCCUGGCACGAUGAGAAGGAGACCAGCCUCACCUCUCCCAACACAAACAGAAUCGGCCUUCUGCUCAAUUACGAUGAGGGCUUCUUGUCUUUCUUUUCUGUUUCAAAAAAGUUCAGCCAGAUUUACAGAUUCCGGGCCCAUUUUACUGAAGCGGUUUAUCCAGCUUUUUGGGUAUUUUCUGCUAACGCUGUUGUCUCCUUUAAUACAUUUAGUUAAGGCUGUGGGUGGAGCCACCAUUUCCUUCCUGUUAUCUGUGAUUUUAUUCCUCUACAUUAAUUAUGAUGGAUGUUAAAUUAU